AUGCACUGGCCGGAGAGCUGCCCCAUCAAGGCCGCGAUGAAGGACUUUGCCCAGCUCUUCAACCACACGAGCAAGGCGGUCGAGGACAAGACUUAUGAUCUGCCGCCAGAACCGCUGGUCCGGCGGAUCCUGGACCAGAUCCCCGACCGGCCCGCGUGCGAUCAGCUCGCUCAAAAGUACACCGACUGCCGCGAGUGCCCCCACGCGAGUGCCGAGCGCGCCUCCUUUGUGCGCGCGCUCCGCCGGCUCGCUGAGUCGGGCAUCACCUUUCUGCAGCGGCGCGCGUCGGCCGAGCCAAAGGAGCGGGCUGGCCCGUCCAAGGCGCGCAAAUCCGCGCCAGCGCAGGCCAGCUCGGCGCCCCUCCCCCUCGGGCCCUCUGCCGCCCCGCAGAGCGGAAGCGCGGGCCAGUCGGCGGCGGCCGCCUCCUCCUCCUCCUCCGACCCGCGGCGCGUUCAGCCCGGCAAGCGAGCGAGGCCUGCUUGCAGCUCUGCCGGGGACCCGCUGGCGGCGCUCGCGGACGCGGCUGGCGACGCCAAGCGAAUGCCCACCUCGCUCGGCGCCCCUCCCCCCCCUCAGCCCAGCGCGGCGCUGCCUGCCCUCGCGCUGUGUGGCGCCCGGCACAACAGCUGCAGCAGCUCGCUGGCUUCGUCUCCGGAGCACGAGUACGCGCCGCCCCAGCUGGUGCCGCUGCGGCCGCCACAGCCCGCCUUCCGCCCCUUCGCGCCCGCGGCAGCGCCGUGCGCCUACGCGUCGCACGGCGGCGGCGUGCUCCUCGCGCCGCAGCACGCCGCGCUGCCGACCGGCCACGCCCUCCCGCCCGGCCAGCCUUGGGAGCUUGCGCCGCACUAUGGCCCGCCAUUCCAGAUGCAGAAACAAACGCCCCCGUCCUUGCGAGCGUCGCAGUCGCAUUCAGCUGCGAACGCCCUCCACGGGACCGCAGCCCCGCCCUCAGCUCGCUCGCCUCCGCUCCUCAGGCGCGGCCGGCCACCCGCAAGUCUACGCACCGCGCCGCACCAGUCGAUGGCCGCGAUGCAGAUCGCCGCGCCGCAUCCCGCCACGAUGGUGGUGAUGCCGCCGCAGCAGUCGCCCCCGCAGCAGCCGCAGAUGCAGCCGCAGAUGCAGCCGCAGAUGCAGAUGUUGCCACAGAUGCCGCCGCAGAUGCAGCAGCAGCUGUACAGCGCGCAGCAAGUGCAGGCCGUACAGCACGUGCAGCAGCUGCACUCGGCCGGCCGGCAGCCCGUCCCGGUCCAGAUUGCAAGCCCGCUGCCGGCGCAGCAGCCGAUUGCUCAACCACGCUCGGCGGGUUUGCGAGGGGCGGCCGAGACCACCGCGUUCAGCAGGGUGGAGGCGGCGCCAUUCCGGCCGGUGGCGGCGGCGGGGCAGGCGGCGGCCGCAGGGGCGGCGUCAGGGGCGGCGGUGCCUCUCCCGGCGGCCUCGCCGCCGGUGGGCGUGGAGCGGGGGGCUCGCCGGUUUCCCGAGGGGGCGGUGGUGGAGGGGCUUGCGACGCUGACGAGCGACAUGAGCGACGAGGCCUUCCUCGCCGCCCUGCCGCUCCAGCCAAGCGGGCUGCAGGCCUCCGUCCUGCGGCGGCGGGUGGAGGCGGUGGAGCGCGGACCGGCCCGCCCGACGGCAACCACCCACUCCGCAGUCAAGCAGGAGGAGCCCGCCCAGGCCACGCCGCCGCUGUGA